GGCGGCGAAUGGAUGCCGUAUCAAUACUAUAGUGCCACCUGUCGGGACACUUACGGACUGCCGGAUUCCACGCACACCAAAUGGGGCGAAGAGACUCGGGCACUUUGUACUUCGGAGUACUCAGAUAUUUCACCGCUGCGCGGCGGCAAUGUCGCUUUCAGUACCUUGGAAGGUCGACCUUCGGCUUACAGUUUCGAUACCAGCGCGGAAUUGCAGGAAUGGGUAACCGCAACAGAGCUCAUGAUCACUCUGGACCGCAUCAACACAUUCGGAGACGAAGUGUUCGGAGAUCCUCAAGUGCUGCGUUCCUAUUUUUACGCCAUCGCAGAUGUAUCCGUCGGAGCGAGGUGCAAGUGUAACGGACACGCGUCCGAGUGCCUGGAAAGCAGCAGCAGCGCAGGAACUCGCACGCGAGUUUGUAGAUGCGAGCACAACACCGCCGGACCCGAUUGCGGGGAGUGUUUGCCCUUUUAUAAUGACGCACCUUGGGCAAGGGCUACGAUACAGAACGCUAAUGAAUGUAAACAAUGUAAUUGCAACGGUUACUCUACCCGAUGCAUGUUCGACCAAAAACUCUACGAGCAAACCGGUCACGGUGGACACUGUUUAGACUGUGCCUCGAACAGAGAUGGACCAAGUUGCGAAAGGUGCCGUCCGAACUACCACAUGCGUGAAGACGGUUACUGCGAAGCUUGCAACUGCGAUCCGAUCGGUUCCAUGUUCCAGCAGUGCAACUUGGAGGGAAAGUGCCAAUGCAAACCUGGAGUAACUGGCGGAAAAUGCGAUAGAUGCGCCGAAAAUCACUACGCCUUUUCCAAAACCGGUUGCAAAAGCUGUAAUUGCCAUCAAGCAGGAUCCGCGUUCAACACGGUAAAAUGCGAUCCAGAAACAGGCGUUUGCGUAUGCAAAGAAAACGUUGAAGGCAAACAAUGCAAAGAGUGCAAACCUGGUUACUUUAAUUUGGAUUCGGAUAAUGAAUUUGGUUGCACUCCCUGUUUUUGUUAUGGGCAUUCGUCCGAGUGCAAAUCGGCUCCGGGCUAUUUCAAAUAUCUUUUAGAAUCGACUUUUGCGAAGGGAUCAGAAAAAUGGAAGGCUUUUGAUCAGUACGGCAGGAUAAAUGAAGUUAAAUACGAAGCGAUCAGCCAAAGCAUUGGAGUGCAAUCUAAUGGAGAGGAAACAAUUUAUUUUAUAGCUCCUGAUAGAUUCUUGGGAGAUCAAAGGGCCUCCUACAACCAACUAUUAGAUUUUUCAUUGCGAAUUAACGAUAACCGGCCAAUACCUUCAGCAACGGACAUUAUUCUGGAAAGUGUCAAUAUGUCUGUUACAAAUACAAUUUUUGCUCAACAAAAUAAAAUCCCAAGUGUAGAGACUCAAAACUACAAAUUCCGUUUACACGAGCAUCCAGAUUACGGCUGGCAACCGCGACUCACAUCCAGAACAUUCAUUUCGUUGCUUACCAAUUUAACGGCGAUUAAAAUCAAAGGCACUUAUUCUUUGAGAGGCGUAGGAUUUCUGGAUGACUUCAAACUUGAAACAGCUUCCAGAGGUGUUGCCGGAAAAAGCGCUUUGUGGAUAGAACUUUGCGAUUGUCGACCAGGUUACGUUGGUCAGUACUGCGAAUCCUGCGCUCCAGGUUACAGGCACACGCCAACAAUGGGCGGUCCAUUUAUGAAUUGCAUCCCGUGCGACUGCAACAACCACACCAGCAUUUGCGACUCGGAAACUGGCCAGUGCAUUUGUCAGCACAACACUGCUGGCGAAAAUUGCGAAGUUUGCGCCAGAGGCUUUUAUGGAAAUGCUUUGUCUGGAACUGCAAACGAUUGCCGACCCUGUGGUUGUCCUGAAGGUGGAGCUUGCAUACAAAUAGGAGAUGAGUUGACAAUGUGCACAGAGUGUCCUACCGGAUAUUCUGGACACAAGUGCGAUUUGUGCUCGGAUGGAUAUUUUGGAGAUCCUACUGGGCGAUUUGGGGAACCUAAAUUGUGCCAACCUUGCGAUUGUAAUCAAAACAUUGACCCUAACGCUAUUGGAAAUUGCGACACUACUACUGGGGAGUGUUUGAGAUGUAUAUACAGCACUGGAGAAUAUAAUUGUGAUGUUUGCUUACCAGGAUAUUUUGGAAACGCUUUGGUUCUGCCAAAAGGCGACUGCAAAAAAUGUCAAUGUUUCCCGCCAGGCACCUACGAUUUCCAGACUGAACCUAUUUGUGACCAAUCCACCGGCUCUUGCAAGUGUAAAGACCACGUAAUCGGCAUUAAUUGCGAUAAAUGUGAAAAUGGCUAUUUCAACAUCCUAAAUGCGGAAGGUUGUCGAAGCUGCAACUGCGAUCCAAUCGGCUCCUUCAACCAAUCCUGUGACCUGAUAACUGGACAGUGUUACUGUAGAUCUGGAGUAACCGGAUUGCGAUGCGACCAUUGCGAAGCUAGGAAAUACGGAUUUUCCAUUGAUGGGUGCACAGAGUGUGAAUGUGACCAAAUAGGUUCUAGGAAUCUACAAUGCGAUACUUCUGGUCAGUGUCCUUGUUUGGAAAACGUUGAAGGGAAAAAAUGCGAUCGCUGCAAGGAGAAUAAGUACGAUAGACAACGAGGAUGUGUGGAUUGUCCCGAUUGCUACAACUUGGUACAAGAUGCUUCUAGAAGUCACUCAAUGAAACUAGACAGAUUGAGUGAGAUUUUAAAUGAAGUUGAACAUCAGCCUACUGUAAUUGACGAUGAUGAAUUCCCUGAAGAGUUGGAAAAACUGGAAAAUGAAAUUGAUGAUUUUUAUGAUAAAAUUAACACAGUCACUGGAGAUAAUAGUGUUUUUGAGCAAAUUAUAAAUAUGAAAGAAAGAGAAAAAAACGUUGCCAGGACUCUAGAGGAAAUAUCUGAAAAUAUUUUUGCAACAGAAGAAAAAGUCAAAAAAUCCCAAAACAACUUAGACCACUCUGAAGAGUUCCUAAUUGAAAUCGAAGAACGACUGUUAGAAGUCGAAGAUACUUUCAACCGUCAAAGUAAGCGGGCGUUUGAAGACGCUUCGAAGCGCUCCCAAAUUGCUGGUCAACAAUCAGAAAAAAUGACCGAAAUAGCCAAAACUUCUAGAGAAUUAACUGAGAAUCUAAACAGUAAAGCGGAAAUAAUUGAAACAAAGACAAGAGAAGCUAAAAAUAAAUCAAUAGUAGCCUAUGAAAAAAUUAAAAAUACACAUUUGAUGCAACAAAAUGUGAGUGACGAUGCUAGGAAAUUAAAAACAGAAAUUGUCAAUGCUGAACUUAAGCUGAAUAGGAGUAAUGAAUGGACAAAACAAGUUAGAGAUGAAGCUAGAGAGGUCAAAAAUGAUGCUUUGGCCCUCCUUAACGACGUAAACAAUCUUUUAGUGCCCCAAAUAAACGUUCCAGAAUUGCGCACAGUUUCAAUAGAUCUUAAAAAUGAAGCUUACCGCUUAGGAAACAAAUCCAGAGAGCUCUUUCUUAAAGCUGAAGAUUUACGCAAUUCAAUUGAUGAAAAACAAACUUCUGGCAAGGAAUUAUUGGAAACAGCCCUGGAACAGCAAGAAGAUAUUGAAGAUUUACGGAAUGACGUCGAAUUUUGUGAUGCUCAAGCUGUACAGGCUAUCAAGCUGUGGAAUGACAUACUAAAUAGAGCCGAAGGGAAUUAUAAGCUUCUAUCAGAAUUUGACACUCAAAGGCAAAUUUCUAAAGAAAAGGCAGAAGAUUCUCUGAAAACUAUUUCCCAAAUUGAAGUAAUCAUACUCGAAACGAAUGAUAAAUCUAAUGAAGCUCAAAACACCUUAGAAGACGCACAAUUAAAUGCUGAUUACGCCCUGGAAAAGGCUAUUCAAGCAGAUGAAUUGGCUGGAAAUGCUUCAAUCAAAACUCAAAAAAUUAAACUUGAAGCUGAACUCUUACAGCAAAAUACUACUUUUUUGGGAGACGAAGCUGGAUUUAUGUUCGACAGAGUCCUGAAUACCGAAGCUGAACUCAAGAGUUUGCUAGAAAAAGCUCGGAGCAACAGUACUCUAGUACACGACGCCAAAGAGAAGGUUGGUAGAGCCGGUAAAGACACAGACGUGGCUCGAAACCGCGUAAACGAUUUACUCAAAGACGUAAAAAGCAUAACGCUGGAAUUAGAAAACACGCAAGACAUUAACGACGAAGAGCUGACCAAUCUGGAAAACCAAAUUGCGUACAUUGAAUUGCAACUGAAAGAAACCAAAAUGGAAGAACGCCUGGAAGAGUUGCAAAAACAACACAAGUCACAAAACGAUUUAAUUGAGAACUACAAGGUUCAAAUUAAAAUUUUACAGGCCGAUGUGGAUAAUGUUGAGGAAAUUGUGAACUCGUUGCCCACAAAUUGUUAUAAACAAUUCGAACUCGAACCGUAAUUUUUGUGAUAGCUGGAAAAGACUUAUGAAAAUAUGGUGCGGCCAUCAAAUACUUUUAAUACUUGUGUAUAUAAUAAUUUUCAUUGUUCAUAAAUAAUAGUAAUUACUUAUCAGGAAAAGCAGUAUCUUUGUAACCUAUUUAAUCGUUCAAAUCAUUAAAAUCUAAAACCUGGCAGUUGUAGUUAUAGUAUCAUUCUCUAGUUAUAUGUUGGACCCAAAGGUAAGUGGACGUAUACCUACAUUGCCUAGACUACAAGUCAGAAGCAUAGUUACUGGGAUCAAAAUGAAAAUAAAGUUGUGAAUUAUCUGCAUAAGCCUGCACUUUGCAAUGUUUUAA